AUGAAGGCUUCAUGCAUGCCAGAAUUAACAAAAAAAGAUUGGAUACAAGUUGCGGAAGUAUACAAAAAAAAAGCUAAUUUCCCCCAUUGCCUCAAAGCUAUUGAUGGGAAACAUAUACAGAUUAGAAAACCGAGCAACAAGGGAUCAGAAUAUUUUAAUUAUAAAAACUAUUUUUCGAUUGUUCUAAUGGCCGUUGUCGACGCCAAUUAUAAAUUUUUAGCUGUCGAUAUUGGUGUAUACGGCAAAGGCUCAGAUUCAGUAGUAUUUCAAGACAGUAAUUUUUAUCAAAGACUUCAACGUGAUGAACUUGAUCUACCACAAGCAUCAGUCAUUGAUGGUUACAAUGGUCCCGUUUUUCCAUAUGUGUUUUUAGCCGACGAAGCUUUUCCUUUAUCUGACAGAAUAAUGAGACCAUAUGGUGGUAGUAAUUUAUCUGUAGACCAACGGAUUUAUAAUUACCGGUUAAGUAGGGGUAGACGAUUUGUAGAGUGUGCAUUUGGUAUAUUAGCCAACAAAUGGCGAUUAUUCCAUACACCAAUUACAUUGGAACCAGAAAAUGUUACACACGUGGUUAAAGCAGCAUGUGUAUUACACAAUUUCAUAAGGGUACGUGAUGGUGUACAUUUUGAAGAUGCAACAUCAUAUCAAGAUUUCCAUGAUGUGGAGUUUACAAAUGGUACGCAGAGACUUGGAAGAACAGUCCGCGAUAAUUUCGCAACAUACUUUAUGAGCCCUGAAGGUGAACUUCCAUGGCAAAUGUCAAAAAUUUAA